AUGGAGGCAUAUCAGUACGUCGGUGGCAUUUCAUGUUGGACUUCAUAUGCUGAUUACUUGACUGCAGGCGUGAAGACGCACGAUUCGGGACGGACGGAUUCCGUCGAAGAUCACCUUCGGAACGGUCCCUUGAUUUUGUUCAACCUCGACCUUGUUCUUUAUGGAAUCGUUGCUCAUUUGUCAUCUUUGUUAGGGAAUUACGAUCGUCGACCUCGUCAGCCCAGGAAUCGCUCGAGAUCUCCUGUCGCCAUCGAUCGGUAUCAGCCCGAACGCAACCGUGAUGAAUACUAUCGAGGCCGCGAAGAGCCUCCGAGGCGACGCAGCCCACCUCCCGUCCAAGCGGGGAUCGACCGUUACGUGCCCGGACAAGAACCGGCCGCCCCCGCUGUGACUACCAAUCCGCUUCCAAACCCUCUCUCGCUUGACUUUCAAGUUGGGUUCAAUUGGUUCGCUGAAUGGUGGCGCAUGGAUCAACUCAUCAAGGAGGAGAAGGAGCGUCAGAAGAACGGAGGCCGUAGACCUGAACGUCUCAAGGGCGAAAAGGAGUCUCGCGAAGAGCGCAACAAGGAACGAGAGCAGAUCCAGGCGGCUUAUGAUGCGUACAAGGAGAAACUCCAGAUGCAAAUGGCCCGCACUUUCAUCCACCAACACAAAGGCGAGGAGUGGUUCAAGGAGCGAUACGACCCGCAAGUCCGUGAACCUUUGAGGAAGAGACUCGCAGAGUUCAGGAAGGAAGCCUACAAUCAAUGGCAGCAAGACAUUUCUUCCGGGUACUUCGAUGAGUUCAACCUGGAGGGGAUCUACAAGAAUGAUAGUAACGGAGCCGGUGGUAUUGUUGAGAAAGAAGAAGGCGAGACGACCGCAGCAAAUGAGGUGUUGGGUGUCGGCGACCUCCUGCCAUCGAAAGGAGGAGACCUCCGUGACGAGUCUGCGCAACAGCCGACGCUUCUUAUCAAGACCAUCGCACCAACCGUGAGCCGUGAGAAGAUGGAGAACUUCUGCAAAGAGCACCUUGGUGAAGGGGAGGGUGGCUACAAAUGGCUCAGCCUGAGCGAUCCUAACCCUCAGAAGAAGUGCCAUCGAAUUGGCUGGGUCAUCUUGAAUCAGCAGCAAGAUCAGUCUUGGGGUUUGGACGAGCGCGGCGAUGGCCGAGAGGAAGACAUGGAAGAAGGCGAAGAAGGUCUGGCUCGCUCAGAUAACGAGACCUCGGGGCCUCGUGGAACCGCCGUCAAGGCUUUGGAGCAACUCAACGGGAAGACCAUCCAUGAUGAGGAGCGUGGAGAUUUCACGUGCCACGUUGGUGUCCAUGAGCCGCCUGCUCUUCCGAGAAAGAAAGCCUUGUGGGACCUCUUCUCCGCACCGGAGCGCAUCGAACGCGAUCUUCAGCUCGUGACGCGCCUGGCCAACAAAUUUGACGAAGAGCUUGGCGAGGAUCAUUCCGGGGUGGCGUUGGUCGAACAACGCGUGGAAGAGAUGCAGAGGCAAGGACUCCUUCAACCACCCUUCGGUACUAGUUCCAAGAAAGCCAAAGCGGAGUCUGAGGACGAAGAUGCGAUGGAAGAGGGUGAAGAGGAGGAGGAGGGUACAUAUGACGAGGAUGUGGAUGACGAGGAUCUCCUUGCGAAAAAGAAGAAGCUCGAUCUUACGGUCGAGUAUCUGCGCCGGGUCUUCAACUUCUGCUUCUUCUGCGUCUUCGAAAGCGACUCGGUCCAUGAAUUGAUGAGGAAGUGUCCGGGUGGACAUUUGCGUCGGCCGAGAGCGAGUCUUACCACGCCAGCCAAGAUCGCUGCCAAAGCGAGUGCUUCCGGCCAGCCAUUCCCUUACAAAAAGCAGGAUUUGUCUGGAGAGGGCGAAGGCGCGUUGUCGCCAGUUGAAGAGAAGAAAUUCCCCAAAGGAAAUCCGAAGACCCAGCAGCAGCUUCAACGAGCGUUCAACUGGGUGAAGACCUACGAGGACAAGCUGUUCCAGAUCUUGGACCCUGCGAGUGUGGAUAUCAAGAAGCUGGGCGGGAAACCUUCCGAAGAGGGAAUGGAAGAAGAACUUCACAAAUUUGUGAAGCAGGAGGACGAAGCCAAGUUCCGAUGCAAAGUGCCCGACUGCGCCAAGCUUUUCAAAGGCGAGAAUUUCUGGCGGAAGCAUGUUGAGAAGAGGCACGCCGAGUUCUUUGAGAAGAUCAAAUCCGAUGUCGAGCUUGUGAAUGCAUAUGUCCUUGAUCCAGCUCAUAUCGCACCAUCUAGGACGGACGCCAACAGCAACGGCCACUUCCCCAUGAGCAAUCAUGCUGUCACCGGAACCCCUCGUGGCUUCAACCUCUCCGCCAUACCCUUCGCCUUCAACAACGCGAUACCAGGCGGUGUCCCCAACCCCGCCGCCAUCCAAGCCUACUUCGCCCAAAACAACAUGGUCCCCCCACCCGGCUGGACGGCCGGCGGCGCCAUGAUGGGUGCGGAAGACGACCGUCGCCCCGGCGGCCCGAUCCGACGCUUCAACAACCGCCCGAACAACCGCGCGGGCGGCCCUUACGAUCGGCCCUCGAAGGACAUGCGGAACGCGCGAUGGGGCAGCGCGUCUGGGCGGUUGACGCCGCCUCGCGCCAACGGGGCGCGCAUGCCGGUUGAUCCGCGCUUUGCCGAUGCGGCGGCGGCGCUAGUGGGGCCGCGGGAGGCGGUGCAAGGGAGGACGUUGCGGAGCUAUGAGGACCUCGAUGCGGCGGGGGCGAAUGGGAGUGCGGAGUUGAAUUACUGA